AUGUUCGCAGUCCCAGGCCUCCACUCGGUCGAGCUUGGCGUCAGCGAUGUGCUCGUGCGCAGGGACUCUGAUAUCUCGGAAGCAUCGAGCUACUCAACGUCCACCUUUGCGACAGCUCUUGUUUUCAAUGCUGCUGUUUUCGGAGGCGAGCUCCUUGCGUUCACCCUACUGUGGCGGUAUUUCCCCGCGAUAUACCAUCCGCGGACAUACGUUCCCCCUGAAGGAAAGCGAGCUCCACCCUUCGCACGUAACUUCAUUCUCUGGCCAUUAUCUGUCUUCCGUGCAAACUAUGCCGACAUCAAAAAUGCGAAUGGCCUCGACGCAUAUUUCUUCGUGCGCUACCUGCGCAUGAUGGCCCGCGUCUUCUUUCCCAUCUGGAUCAUAUCUUGGCUUAUCCUCCUUCCUGUGUACUCGGUACACACCUCGAAUGGUGAAAGUGACAGUCUAACUCAAUUCCAGUUCGGCAAUGUUGGCACGGGCCAGCAGGCUCGCCUAUGGGCGCCGCUCAUUCUCACCUGGUUGUUUACGAUUUGGAUAUGCUGGAACAUCCGGCACGAAAUGUCACAUUUCGUGACGACUCGCCAGCAGUGGUUGAUUGAUCCUUCCAACUCCUCGACCGCUCAAGCCAAUACGAUAUUGGUGACAGGUGUACCAAAGCGCUACCUGACCGAGUCUGCGCUCAAGAACCUCUUCUCGCAUCUUCCGGGUGGCGUCGCAAAGGUGUGGCUCAACCGAGACUUGAAGGAAAUGCCAGACCUGUACGACCGCCAGGUCUCUGCCUGCCUGAAGCUUGAGUCCGCCGAGACACAGUUACUCAACACUGCGGUGAAGCGCCAUAACAAGCGCAUUAAGGCCGCUGCCAAAGUGGCAAAGAAGUCCAGGAAGAAAGGUGGCGAGGAUGUCGCCGACAUUGACGUCUCGAGCGAUAACCGCCACCUUACGGAUCCGAGCUUCACAGAAACAGAUGCAGAGCGCGGAGAUGUCUUGCUCGCGGAGAAGCUCGUCCCAAAGAAGAAGAGGCCGACACACCGCCUGCCGCUCAUGAGCUUCUUGCCGAGCUUGCCGCUCGUCGGGAAGAAGGUAGAUUCAAUCGAUUGGGCGCGAGAGGAGAUCAUCGCAACGGCCAAGGCGCUGAAGAUUGGUCGUGGAGCUGCAAACUCAAACGAGCCCGAUGACAAGUCCGACGCGCUGAAGCCGGACAAGGACACGGCGCAGACCUACCCGCCUCUCAAUUCGGCGUUUGUGCUGUUCAACGAGCAAAUCGCAGCGCAUUUGGCAGCGCAGAGUCUUACACACCACGCGCCGUAUCGUAUGGCGGAGAAGCAUUUGGGUGUGGUACCGGAUGAUGUGAUUUGGGGCAACUUGAACAUGAACCCGUACGAGGCGAAGAUCCGUAUUGCGAUUAGCUGGGCGUUCACGCUCGGGCUCAUCAUCCUCUGGUCGUUCCCUGUUGCCUUCGUUGGCGCGGUGUCCAAUAUCCGCUCCCUGUGUGCAACAUAUAGCUGGCUUGCGUGGUUGUGCAAGUUGCCGGCCGUGGUCAUCGGGAUCAUUUCGGGUGUUCUGUCGCCUGUGCUACUAGCUGUACUCAUGAUGCUCCUUCCCAUCGUGCUCCGCCUCCUUGCAAGAUUCCAAGGGAUGACGACGCGGUCCGCGGUCGAGUUGAGCCUGAUGCACAGAUACUUCAUGUUCUUGAUUAUUCACUCGUUCUUGAUUGUGACAGUGAGUUCGGGUAUCAUCGCUGCGCUGCCCUCGCUGGUGGAAGACACGAGCUCUAUUCCAUCUAUGCUUGCACAGCAUCUGCCGCAGGCGUCGACAUUCUUCCUUGCUUACAUCAUCUUGCAGGGUCUUUCGGGCACAGCCACAGGAUUCCUGGCAUACGUGUCGCUCGCGAUCUACUACGUCAAGCUGUACCUCAUGGGUAGCACGCCACGCUCAAUCUACCACAUUAAGUAUCAGCUGCAGUCAACACAAUGGGGCUCGACGUUUCCCUCGGUCACGCUCCUCACCUGUAUUACAAUUGCAUAUUCCGUCAUUUCGCCUAUCAUCAAUGGCCUUUCGGCAGCGACAUUCUUCCUGUUCUACAUGCUCUGGAAGUACCGCCUGCUGUGGCAGCUCGGCCAGCCGCGCUCGAGCGAGACGGGAGGGCAGUUCUUCCCCAAGGCGAUGCAGCAUGUGUUCAUCGGCUUGUACGUGGAGCAGGUCUGUUUGGCGGCGCUGUUCUUCCUUGCUCAGGACGAGAGCAAGCACGCUAGUGCGAUUCCGGAGGGAGCAUUGAUGAUAGUGCUGAUAGUGUUCACGGCGUUCUUCCACGUGAUAAUCAACAACUCAUACGACCCGCUGAUACAGUACCUCCCACUCACGCUCGCAAACCAUGAUCGCGAGCUCCUGGAUGCGAACCGCGUUCAGGCCGAGCGGGAGCUGCGGGAUCACGAGUCAGUGUCGAGCGCCGUGGAACCCAUUAAGGUGAAGAGGCGACAUAGUGAGAACGUGGAGAUGCGCGCGCGCACGGGCCCAGAAAGCUGCACUCUCGUCGACAGCAAGGGCAAGGCACGGAACGUCGAGGACGUCGAGCGCGACUACGACGACGAUGACGCGAGGCAAAGUGACAAAGACAACGCCCUGGUGCGGAAGAGUAUCCUCGGCGUGGAUGACGCGAGGCAAAGUGACAAAGACAAUGCCGUAGUGCGGAAGAGUAUACUCGGUCUGGAUGAAGAGGCAGGCCCGAAGGAUUUUUACCAUCCGGCGAGCGUUGAGCCGCAGCAGACGAUAUGGAUUCCGGUGGAUCUGCUGGGCCUCGGCAAGGCGGAGGAGGAAGUGAUCCGAGAGCAGGGGAUCAAGGUGACGACGAGGGAUGCACACAUGGACGAGAAGGGCCAUGUCAACAUCUCUGGCGAACCGCCGGACUACGAGCCGCCUGUUUACUGA